AUGGAGAAUACUCAAGAUAUUUCAUCUAUUAGUUGUGAAAUACAAAUCAUAAGAGCAAGAAACGUAGAGAAAAUUUCUUUAGGAAAAAACAACUUGUUUAUUAGAUGCUAUCUUCCAACAGGAAACAACCAAAGAGUUAAGCUAAACAGUCAAGAAAUCUCAUCAAAAUCAGAUUUAUUUUGGGAUGAAACUUUCUCAUUAGAUGGCAUGGGAACUCAAGACUCCAUUAACAUGAUGAAGCAAGGCACAGUAGUUUUCGAGCUACGAUCAAGAAAAUAUCUGCCAAUUUUUGGAAAAAAUAUUUGUGGAUCACAACUCUUGGGUAGUCUUGAAAUACCAUGGAAAAUAGUAUUUGAGUCAACAGAAAUGGAGAUAGAGGAAUGGGGAAUAUUCAUGGCUACUUCUAAGAACAAUGAAGAUGUGAAACCUCCAGCAGUGAAGAUAGCAAUGAAGGUUAAAGUAAAUGAGGCAACAAAAAAUAAUAGGUUGAGAAGAUCAUGGGAUGAGUCAUGUGCUUGCAAGGGUUAUUGUGGGUGUAAUAGUAGUAGUAUUUUCAGUGCUGAUGAUUAUGAAAUAUUUGCACUGGGAGCUGCUUUAGAUGCCCUCUAA